UAAAAAUCCUAAUGGAUGUAUAGUCGAUACGAGAACAAAAAGGCAGCAUGAAGAAGAAGAAGCGUAUUUUCAAAAUGAGUUUGCUAAGAGAAUAAAAACAAAUAAUUAUCAAACUAGAUAUGCUAAAAGCUCAGCACAAUUAAAAGAUAAUGAACAAGAUGAACUUAGUUUGAAUGAUGUAAAUAAUCACUUUGAGAAUAAUGAAUCUGAUAAUAUAGAUAAAGAAUAUAUUGAUUACUUUGAGGAUAAUGGAUAUAGUAAUAUAGAUAACAAAUUUGAGGAUAAUGGAUAUGAUUAUUUUGAAAAUAAUAAUGAGUUUUUGAAUAAUAGCGAUAAUAUUAUAGAUAAUAAUGAUAGUGAGAAUAAUUAUUCCGAAGAUGAGAUGUCAAUGUCUUCAGAUAGUUCAGAAUUUUAUAAAGAAAUUGAAGAUUUAAAAAGUAUUUCAGUUAAUCCAUUUCAAGCUCCUUAUAUUGAUUUUGAUAAAUCUAUCCAUAUUCCUGAGCUCAAUAUAAAUCUUGAUGAUUUAUUGUGGAUUCUUAUAUGGGUUUUUAAAUUUCAAGAAAGAUUUCAACUAUCAAAUAUAGUAACUGAUACUCUUAUCG